GGAUGUGUUGUUGAAUUUAAUGAAAGAAACAAAGAGAAAAAUGCAAAAAGGAGUGAAGGAAUUGAGGAUGGAUGGACAUUGUUGUGAACGUCAAGCUCAAGCGUGUCCGUGUCUUCUUUCAUGUCAGGUGCCAACUGCCAACCCAACCUUACCUUAACCUCCAUCAACAUUUCUCACAUCAACUCAUAUUCUACUUAGUUUCUGCCCUUUCCUUUGUAAUCAUGGGUAAUACUGGGAGCCGCAGGGCGCAGGGACGUAGAAGGACCGCCAGCUCCCGCUCCCACCCGCCGCCUCAGCCUCCGCGACCCAGGCGGUAUGCUUUCGUGGCUGAGACGCCUUACCCUCCACAGAAUUCCAACCCCGACCUUGCCCAGUAUUAUCAGUACCCGCGUUAUUAUCCGCAUCCGACAGCGAUGCCGAUUCCACCGCUGGCCACGCAUGCUAAUUUGAUUGGCAGGGGUUCCUCCUCUGGCGCCAUGACGCGGCCUUCGGCGUACGUGGAGCAUCAGAAGGCGGUCACGAUUAGGAAUGAUGUUAAUGUGAAGAAGGAAACGCUAAGAAUCGAACCUGAUGAGGGAAAUCCUGGCAAGCAUCUUGUGACGUUCACGUUCGAUGCGACGGUGGCCGCGAGCAUAACCAUACUUUUCUUUGCAAAGGAGGGUGAAGAUUGUUGUCUUACUCCAAUGAAAGAAAACCUGCAUCCGCCCAUCACCGUGCAUUUCCGACAAGGUUUAGCCCAAAAAUUUAAACAACCCUCUGGAACUGGGAUAGAUCUUUCAGCUUUUCACGAGCGAGAAUUGUCAAAAAACAGUGACAAGAACGUCUACCCUCUGGCUGUUAUGGCAGAGGCCUUGCCAAGUGGAAAACCAGACAGUGUAUACCCAAACUCCCAGAUAACUCAGGCUGUGUUUGAGAAAGAUAAAGGGGAAUAUCAUGUUAAGGUGGUGAAGCAAAUACUAUGGGUUACCGGCAUGAGGUAUGAAUUACAAGAGAUUUAUGGAAUUGGAAACACAGUGGAGGAUGAUUUCGAUGGGAAUGACCCUGGAAAGGGAUGCGUUAUAUGCCUUUCAGAAGCCCCAGACACUACAGUCCUUCCCUGUCGGCAUAUGUGCAUGUGCAGCGAGUGUGCAAAGGUCUUGACGUUACAGACGAACAGGUGCCCGAUAUGCAGACAGCCAGUUGAGCGUCUUUUGGAGAUCAAGAUCAGCAAUGGGACCAAUACAUGAUCCCAUUAGGAAGCAGACAGAAAACCUGGUGUAGCUCAGGGAUGAUUCUGAGAAGUGCAUGGUUGGAUCACCCUUGGAUUUCUAUUCACAUGGCAAUGAGCUCCUAUUGAUGACGGGCCUUUGAGUGGUCCAAAUGUAUUCUCCACAAUGGGAUUGCAAAAUCUCAUUAUUCUCAGGGUUCAGUCCGUUUGACAUUGAUUAUACAUUGACAUACUACACCAUACAUUUUAUUCAUCUGUAAUAAAAUAGAAAUAUUGAAGUUAUUCAAAGUAUGUACAAAAUGAUUCAAAAUUCUAUUUCUCUCUAAGUUAACUUGGGACGAGACCCA